UGCUGGAGCAGCAGCGGAAAUCACCCAAUGGCCUUCCAUACCCAACCAACAUUUGUACUGUUGGUUCAGUUCACAACACAGUGACUCGCCUUAUCCACUGCAAAACGAUAAUGGCGCGGCACCAUUCGCUUGCCGCCAAUUUGCUUUUACCCUUCUCUAUGCCGACCUUCGAACCUUUAUCACCCGCCAUAACUCCCCAUCUCCCAUGUCGAAGUUGGGUUGUUUGUGCCAGCAGCCAAAAGCGCCUGAUCCCAAUUUCUCAUGUAUAUGAGAGGCACAGACGCUAUGAAGCUACUGGUUGUUUUUUCACUAGGAGAUUGUGGGAGCCGCCAUGGUUAACAUGUUUUAAUGUCACAUGCAGAUGGCUGUCUCAUAUCAUUUCCUUGUACUUGCUAUUCCUCAGUCUUGUUGCCAACGCUCAGGACUAUCCAGCUUCCUCUACUUACGCUUGUGAGGAUACUUCCUCUUACUAUUCCCACGUGAAGCAUUUAAGAGGUGAAGCACUCAAGAAAAAGUUAAAUAGCCUUGUUGCCCCACAUCAUUCCUUAUCCUACAAAGAGGUGUGGGAUGCCCUCAAGUUUCUUGAUGCUGCUAAUAUUGAUGAACCUGAUGCUUCAUCAGGAGUAGUUGAAAUAUACUCCUUGAGAGUUGUCCCAAAACGCUUAUCCGGAAAGCCACAGGGAUGGAAUAGAGAGCAUCUAUGGCCUCGUUCUUAUGGACUAACAAAUGGUCCUUCUUUAACGGAUCUACAUAACAUUCGCCCUGCUGAUGCAAAUGUCAAUGCAUCAAGGGGAAACAAGUAUUAUGGAGAAUGCGAGGCUAAAUCCUCCAAGUGUUUGAAGCCAGCGAACAAAGAAGCUGCUCUGGACACUGAAACAGACAGAGAAAGAUGGGCUCCACCGAGGCAGGUCAGAGGGGAUAUUGCAAGGGCAUUGAUGUACAUGGAAGUCUGUUAUGGAUUCCAACAAUCAGGAAGAAUUCCAGGUCUUCGCCUCUCAGAUGCCCCCAGUACAGAAAAGAAAGAGAUGGGACUUCUUUCAACAUUGUUAAAAUGGAAUGAGGUUGAUCCGCCUUCGAGAGAAGAGAGAUUAAGAAAUGAAAGAAUAUGCAAGUUUUAUCAGCAUAAUCGGAAUCCUUUUGUUGAUCACCCCGAGUACGCCAAGCUUAUAUGGAACCACCCUCUUUCAAGACGUCCUCCUAAUAGUAGCAAUAACAUGAGUGCCCCAACCAAACAUAUGAGAUGCAGGGCUCUCUUGUAGACCCUUAUUUUUCCGUGGCAGAAGCCUGCAAGAAGGGAGUCUGAUCCAAAUUUCAAGUUCUUUAUGUGGAGACAUGUAAGCUGUUCCUCCCCCAUAAGUUUUUCAGAAUCUAUAAAAUCAAGCUAGAUGAUUAGUUGUCAUUUGUAACGUCAAAUGUUUAUAUGCAAUCAAAUAUAUGUGUGACCUUAGGGGUAGUGUGGAAGUGGAAGUGGGGAUGAAAGGUUACUUUGUUAGAGAUAAAAUGAAACACUUCAAAUAUAUAUAAUGGAUUUUAGAGGUA